CCAAAGGUAGCUAGGGGGAGAGCAGAGAGCCUGGGCCUGUUGCAGAACCCCACAGAAAGCUUCCACCCCAGGCAUGGGCUGUUGUCCCAGCCACAGCCACCAGCAAGGGCCAUACGGUCAUUCCAGGAACACGCCACGGAAUCGGCUCAACCGUUGCUGAGAUGCAGCUGGCUCUGGGGUGGGACAGCCAAGUAACAGCCUCAUCCUACUCCCUGCACCACAGCACCCCCAGAUGAGCUCCCUGCAGCAUGAUGUCCCCUGCAGCAUCACACGGGGGCCAGCACUGACACCAAGAGGUCUGUCUCUGUCCCAGCCCUUCCAUGGCGCGUCAAUAUUUCACUCACAAGGGGGUGCUGUUCCCAUGCCUGGAUUACUCCCCCGAGGCGCUGAGCUACGUGGAGAAUGAAUUCCAGGUGCAGGACGACGACGUCUUCAACGUCACCUACCCCAAGUCAGGCACUAACUGGAUGCUAGAGAUCCUGAGUCUGAUCCGUUGUGAUGGGGACCCCGACUGGGUGUGCAGCGUGCUGAACUGGGAGCGGGCGCCCUGGGUGGACAACCAGACGGGGCUGAAGGCUGCCCUGAAAUACUCUCCACCCCGGCUGAUCUGCUCCCAUCUCCCCGUGCAGCUCUUCCCCAAGUCCCUGCAGCACUCCAAGGCCAAGAUCAUCUACACCCUGCGCUGCCCCAAGGACGUCCUGGUCUCUCUCUACCACUUCUCCAAGCCGCUGCACCUGUUCAAGGACCCUGGCUCACUGGACUCCUUCUUCGAGGACUUCCUGAGAGGGAAUGUGCCCUAUGGCUCCUGGUUCGACCACGUCACCGGCUGGAUGGGGCUGAAGGGCAACGAGAACUUCUUCCCCAUCACCUACGAGGAGCUGCAGCAGGAUCCACUGGGCAGCGUGCGGAGAAUCUGCCACUUCCUGGGGAAGGAGCUGAGUGAGGAGCAAGUGGCUGCGGUGGUGGAGAACGCCUCCUUCCAGAGCAUGAAGGGAAACAAAAUGUCCAACUUCUCCCAGGUGGAGGAGAAGUACAUGGACCACGAGAAGGGGGAGCUCUUGAGGAAAGGUAACACGUGGUAUGAAUAGGUCUAUUGCAGCCUGUCGUGCCCCAGAGAUUUCAGAAUGGUUUUGUUAAAGAAGGACUUGGUAAUAAAAUGCAGAUGUGAUAGGAAAU